GCGGAGAGGCGUUUCCGUUUCCGGUGGCUGAAGGUGGGGGUGGGAGAGGGCCUCCUCCGAGGAAGAAAGUGGCAGAGAAAGAAAAGGAGGAACGGAGGAAGGAAAGAAGGAAGGAAGGAAAGAAAGAAGGAGGAAAGGAAGCAGCUGCCGCCGCCGGACGGAGCGAGCCAAGCAGCCUCCGCCGCCGCCUUUGGGGCGAAGCAGGAACACUAAAAUGAAGGCAGGUUGUCCCAUUGUGGAGAAGCCGGAAGCAGGCGGAGGCUACCACUUCCCAGACUGGGCCUACAAGACUGAGUCCAGCCCAGGCUCCCGGCAGAUCCAGCUCUGGCACUUCAUCCUGGAGCUGCUGCAGAAGGAGGAAUUCCGACACGUCAUUGCCUGGCAGCAGGGCGAAUACGGGGAGUUUGUCAUCAAAGACCCCGAUGAGGUGGCCCGCCUGUGGGGCCGGAGGAAAUGCAAGCCCCAGAUGAACUACGACAAGUUGAGCCGGGCCCUCAGAUACUACUACAACAAGAGAAUCCUGCACAAGACAAAAGGGAAAAGGUUCACCUACAAGUUCAACUUCAAUAAGCUGGUGAUGCCCAAUUACCCCUUCAUUAAUGUCCGGCCCACCGGCGUGGUCCCACAGAGUGCUCCUCCCGUGCCCACGGCUUCUUCUCGCUUCCACUUUCCUCCUCUGGACAGCCACUCUCCCACUGAAGAAUCCCAGCCUGGCCGCUUCUCCGGCAGACCCUUGGUGCCCCCAUCUGGCACAGAGGCUCUCAAUAAUGGCGUAAUCGGUGAGAAGUCAUCUCCCAUGCCUGAGAUGGACGGUGGCUCCCCAGACUGGCAUCGCAGCAUGGACCCCCUGGUCUCUCGCAACAACUCCUCUGCUGCCGCUGCCGCCGCUGCCUCCUUAGGUGGCGUGGGCCCCCAGAAGCGUAAGCCGGACUUGGUGCUUCCUCUCUUCGGCCGGUCGGGGAUGUACCCUGACCCCCACAGCCCGUUUGCAGUCUCCCCGCUGCCGUCCCGUGGAGGGGUGCUGAACGUUCCCAUCUCGCCUGCCUUGUCCCUGACGCCCACCUUCUUCUCCUACAGCCCCUCUCCCAGCAUGAGCCCCUUUGCAGCCGGGGGCAGCUGCUUCUCCUUCAGCCCCGAGGAGAUGAAGCACUACCUCCACUCACAGGCCUGCUCAGUCUUCAACUACCACCUGAGUCCCCGGACCUUCCCUCGCUACCCAGGCCUGUUUAUGCCCCCCAUCCAUUGCCCCCCUCAGGUGCCUCCAGAGGAUCAGCACCCCUUCCCCAUUAAGCUGCAGCCUCCGCCGGUGGGGCGCAAGAACCGAGAGCGGCAGGAGAGCGGCGGUGGCAGCGGAGGGGGGCCCGGGGCUUCCCAGCCACCUUUGGCAUCACCCGUCCAGAUUAAGACGGAGCCCAUCUUGGACCAGGAGCCGGAGCGCAGCUCGUCACCAGAGGGAGACCAGGUGGGGCAGGAGGAAGGCGCCAGCACAGCUGAGGGUAUCAAGAGCCAGGAACAGGAGAAGGAUGCUCUCUUUGCUAGGCCGGUUGCCCCCUCGUGGGCUGCAGCUUCGCCGUCCCCCAGCCAGGCCAACGUCCCAGCCAUCGAGAAACCGAAGCAAGAGGAAGGAGCGAGCGAGAGACCCAGCCCCCAGGAAUCCAUGGGGGAGCCGGGCCCUCCAGAAAAGAGGGAGGAUGCUGUGAUGCCCCCGAAGCUGCGCCUGAAGCGCCGCUGGAAUGGCGACCGGCAGGCAGAGAUUUCCGAGGAGGGCCAGGGCAGGCACUCCUUCUGGGGAGGUCGUCUGGACACCCCUCACAUCCUCCUGGCCCCCAAGGCUGCCAUGGAUACUUAGACUGGCGGGGGCUCUUCUGUUGGCAUGUAACAAGGUUGGCCUGGCUGGGGCUGCAGAGUGAGAGAGGAGGAGGAAGAGAAGGAAAAGGGGGCUGGAAUGGUUUGCUAAAGUCUAGACAUUUUUGCGGGGAGGGGUUUGCUUUGCGCGUGUGUGUGCGUGUGUGUGCGCAUGUUAAUUGCAGGUAAAACGCGGUCUGCCAUGUUUGGAGGGACGGGUGGAGGGGUCCCAAAGGGGAGGUUUGCCUCGCAGGCGGAAAGCCCCUUGGUCACGUCUGCAGCAAAAGGACUCCUGAACCCACCCCUCUGCCUAACCUCCCCCCUUUUUAUCUAUAGCAUUUUAUAGAAGCAAGAACCUGCCUGAAUGUAUAUAAAUUACUUUUCUAGGGAGGCUGGUCAAUGAAAUUGAGGAAGACUUCGUCUCUGUUCAGAACUGGAAUGUGUCUUGUGUCAAAACAGGAAACAAGAGAUGUUAUUGUGGGGAGGGGGAUGAAACAUUGCACUGUCUUUUAAAUUUUUAAAGUGGAAAUUGCAGGAAGAGAAAACCGAAACACAAAGCCAGCUGCAGGCCAUCCAUCGCCCAGAGAGAGCCCCGUGGGGCUGGUGCGAUGGGGCUUUGCAACCCUUAAGUGUUACUUUUGGGAGGGUUUUGGGGGGAGGAGGGACGGUAACGCUUAAGGGGAUAUUUUCACAAAUACUGAAGAAGCCAUGAUGGGGAGUCAUUUUAAGAUCUUUUCAGGGAUGGGAGAGGAAUGUGGAAGUAAAAAAUAUAUAUAUCUCUAUAUAAGAAAACAAAAAACCAGAUGCCUUUAAUAAGCUGUGCUCCUUGCUUUACCUUUGUGGUUGCUGUGGGUGAGGAGGGGUCUGCUUAGGAGCACCCCAAGAGACAGGUUGGGGGGCUCCCAGGAUGGAGGACAGGUGGGCUCCCCAGUCCUUUUCUGUCUUGCCUUAACUCUGCUCCUGUGGGAGGCCAGUGUCAGGGAAAUGGAGGCUCUUCCGCUCGGCCAAAGGGGAAGGCUGGGCCGUGCCAGGGGACUCCAGUGGCCUUUGCCUUGGUGUGUCUUGGGGUUGGCCACCGGAGGAGGAGCCUGCAGAAGGGGCCAGGCACUGCUCAGGGGAUCAAGUCAGCCUGGGGAGGGGGGCCUUGUGGUUCAAAUGCAUUGGCGAUGGUGCUGCGGAGUUUGGGAUCGGGAGGGAGGGAGGGCAGGAAAGCCAGGGUCUGGGCAGGUGGAUCAGCCCCAGCUGCCAGGGAGUCUGCUGUCUCUAGGGAAAUUGGGCCUUGGUCGGUUCGGGAGGGAGGCUACGACCUCCUGGCUUCUGUGCUAAAGAAGGCACCUUUGCAGGGGGCCUGACCUCCCUUGGUUGGAAGGAGGCCUUAAGCACGGUUGUGCUUGACCUCUGAUGCUGGGAGACUUGUUGCAAAGGGGGAGAUCUUCAGACCUCCUUAGAGAUCCUCUGUGGUUGGAGAGAGAGAGUGAGAGUGGGUGUGUGUGUGAAGGGGGCCAUUGCUGGGCUUGCUGCCCCUCUCAGAGUUUGCUUCUGUGCCCAGCCGCCUCUCCCCUGCCCUGGGCAGCCUGGCUGAAUGAACCCUGGGAGGACUGGGCUGUUGGUUGUGGGGAGAUGGGGUGGGGGCAUGUUCCCUAAAUAAGUGAGCCGGCCAGCUGACAGCCACUUUCGGAGGGAGUAUAUCCCCUUGUGAAGGGCAUCAAGAGAGCUGUUUGGAGGCCACUGGUUGGGGGGGGGGGCACUGGUCAGGGGGCUGCUGUUGUUGGGAGUGCAUGCCUUGUGUGCUGGCGGGUUGCUCACUCCUGUGCCCAGGGGAGGGGGGGUACACUGUUUCUGUGCCCAGGGAAGCGUGCCAUAGAGUUUGCCUGGCACUUCUGUCCCUUGGCCAGAGCACACACCCCCCCCCAGUCUGGGACUUGGACCCCUUCCCCACCCACAUGUUACAGCCAUACCCACCUCUCUAUUUUGCAUUAGGGCGGAGGCUUCUGGGGCGCUCCAGAGCACCCCCAAAGUGGAAGGGGCUGGCAGAGGGCCCCCCUUUAAAACUCAGGAAUUGAAACACGGGGCCUUUUUGGAUCAGGACAUAUGAACCUUCCCUACCCAAUAGUAUCCAAGUGCCGGAAUCAAAGUGGGGCUGGUGGUGGGGCUCAUUCCGUGGGGAGGGCAGGAAGUAAGAGUGUCCCCAGUGUUAUCUUUCCCAGUCCUCCCAAUUAGCUCCCCCCCUCCCUUUUUGGCCCCUCUCCCUCCUUUGAUAGCCCUUGUCUUGCAAAACUGCCCGCUCGCUUCAGGGACGAAAGGGCUCUCAGGGUCUUCGGGGGGGGUGAUGGUGGAUGGGGCAGCCCCACUUGCUCCAUUUGCCACUGGCUCAGGGAGAUGCUGCUCUGGCUUUGAGAAGGGUGAUGAUAGCAGGGCAAGCCAGUGCGUGCUCCCCUCGUUCUCCCGGCUGGGUGCGCUUGCAUGCCAGGGGCUUUUUUAACUUAAGAGGAAGGACCAUGCAGGGAAACGGAAAUGGCUUUCUUGUGCCAAAUGCCAAGCCUGGUGGAUGGAGAAUGGGUGUUGAGGGUACAUUAAUCUUUUUAGAAACCAUUUUCUUAGCCAGAGAAAACAGUGGGGUGACAGGUGUGUGUGUGGGGGGGGAUGAGGACAACAUUGAAGCUGUAUCUUGCCACCUCCCUCCCCUCUGGAGGAGGCGGCUUUGAGGGUUGCAGGUGGGCCAUGCUUGCAGGGCCUCUCAGUUCUAGAAGCACCCUUGGCCAGGGCUCUGGCUCUGUCCCUUAAGGCAGCUCUGGCUCUCCAAAAGAGCAGGCAGUAGCUUCUCGUAUGCCCAGAGGGCAAGACUGGCACAGGGAGGAAGGGGACAUGUACGGCUGUUCCCUCGGAGGUGCCUGGCGCUUGGGGCACCUUGCCUGGGGACCUACACAGGGUCCAGCCCUCACGGUCUGGGUCAGUUUCUGCUGACUUUUGGGGAUGGAUCAAGCCUCUCCCAGGAUGGUGCUGGCCCCUGAGUGGCGACUCCGGGAAUCCCCCUUUUCCCUGCCCUUCGAGGGAAACAGCGUACUGAAGUCUGUGUCCUUCCCAGGAAAAGAGGCGCAGAGACUGCCUGCCUUCCUUCCUUCCAGGGAGGGCUAGCUUUGAUGGACUCCCCUUUCAAUUCCAUAAUUGUUUUGCUUUUCAAAAGCAUUGACUCUUUUACUUUUAUCGUUUUCUGGAUCGUGGUGGGAUUUUAGCAAGAGAGAUUUCUUUGCUUUGAAACCUUUCUGAUUAGAUUUCUUUU